ACCAUUAUAUUGGUAUUGAUCAUGUGGAGAAAGGAUUAGAAUGUUUAGAUGUGUACAUCUCUCGCGUUUAUUGUGGCUUUUACAUCAAUGAAGAACCAAUUUCUAGUCUAACAUGGAAUUCUUAGAGUGAUAAAGACCACAUCAUGGCGUGAGGAGGACCACCUGUGAUCAUGUCCAUACUAGCCUCUAACAUCUGGAGCAGCAAGAAGGACCGAGAGCAGUCACUUCGUCUCAUCACUCUCAUCUACCUCACGCUUCUCCUCCUCAAUGGAACACUCUUCCUCGCUCUCACCAUAUGGCUGAUCGUGAUGCAGAUAACGUCAUGUGACUACCUCCACUUUUACUCGAUAGAAAUAUGGCUUGGAUUUGCAUCUUCACUCACAUUUCUUGGACUUGGAAUCGCCACAUGCGUUACGACAUCGCGCCAGAAAAACCAGGAGAAACUGCGGACAUUUUUCGCUGUGACUCUGUUUGGUACGAUACUCCAGAUCAUCUGUGCCGCAUUCGCAUCCAUCCACCGAGCACAGGUGUAUGAUGGGACGUUACAAACAUACCUCAAGCUUACUGUCAUGAAGAAUUAUACUGCGGCAGAAACUGCCAAGUCAUGUAUGGAUGGGAUUCAGACGCGGUUUAGAUGUUGCGGCGUGACGCACCGCCAUGACUGGAUGGACCUUAAAAAUGACCCUCCGUACCCUAGCUCUUGUAACUGUUCAUACACUAAGACAGCUGAACGGACAGAUCAUUGCCGAUUAUGGACCAGGUCAUCUACGACCAAGAGAUCUUUGAUAAACCAAUGGAUCUACAAACGCCCAUGUCUGGGACAGGUCCAGGAUAAACUUAACGAACAAAGUAACGUGUUCCGUUAUUACUGCCCGCUGUCCAUCACUGCCAACUUUCUCCAGUUGCUUGUCACGUAUUGUUUUGCCAUAAAGAUUCAGGGACAGUCGGUGGUUGAUAUCUAUAAAGUGCCUGAGACGGCGACGCCAUCGCGGUCGGUUUCUUCCACGCAGCUGGAUACGAUCUUCACAGGAGAGCAGCAAAGGCAGGUCGGAGAGCCCCGAUGCGAGGAACGGUCGGUGUAAAGACAUACACUCAUGUGUUUUUCAGAACAUUCUUAUUACUCAGAUAUAAGUAUGGUUAACUUCAAUUAGUGACAACCUCCCUUUGGCAGACACCUUGUUAUCAUUCACAAUAGUGUCUACCCACAGGUUGUCUUUCCAUGUAACAAGCUUUUGGGUCUUGUUGCUAUUAAUGUGUUGAGCGCCCCUCAAAUAAGUGCCUUGCAGUGACCUGCGAUACAAGUCAGGUAUGUCUUCAAAAAGCAAGAGAUCAUGGCUGUCAUAAAAAGAAGAGAUAUGCAGUGAGGGUGAUGAGAAGAAACAAAAUUGAUUACUCUGCCCUGACAAACCAAACUGAUUUCCCUGUAGGAUUGUUUUGUUACAAACAUUUUAUUGAUCUUGAUGCAGAAACUGUGAUCAAAGCAUUGUUUGUUGUUGUUAAUCUAUUGUUAUCGGUUUGUUGGCAAUAAUACAUGUCGAUGUAGAUUUAUAUUCUCACCAUUGUCCUGUGUUAUUCUGAGGGGAACAAAAGGCUGUAGUUGGAGGGUCCGAUUGGUGGUAUAUAAUUUGUACAUAAUGGGUAAUGUGACUGAUGUGCACAGUUGGGUACUGCAUGGGCCUGCUUUGAAAUUGGCGAGGAAAGUGAGUGAGAUAAUAAGAUGCGCCAAUUGGUAAUAUCAUGAAUAUUAUCUGGCCCAUCAAGCUGCCUGUCGGUAGUCUCCCUUUAUACUGAAACAUUUUGUACCACACCUUCAGUUAGGCUCAGGCCUACAUGUAUUGUAGACUACAUUUAUAUAGCAAACCAUAACACCUUUCACAUACUCUUACUGGUAUCAGCGAAAGUAUCAAUCUUUGAUAUCACUGGCACAAGUCUACAAAUUACACUCCAACUUUAUAAACGGUGUACUUCAAGGUAGUGAAAUAAAUAUCCGUCCAUCACGACGAAACCAUUUGAUCUGGUAGAGUCAAUGCUGAUUAUAUCAUUCAUGUACAUGUGUAUUUUGUGUAGUUGAAGUAUUUCUGUCUUAAUUUAUGGCGAUAUUGCCAUUCUUAUUACAUAUUUACUUUGUGUAUUUCACUUGUAGAUCUAGAGUCACCCGGUCGAAAGAGGCUUCCCUUGCCGAAUGGAGUUUUCUCCUCCUGGUUGUGUCAAAAUGUAGUUGGCAAUCCUUGAGAUAAGGCAUCUUGACCCGCAGUGUGUUGAGAUCGCUAAAUCACUGAGGAUGGAAAAAAGGGGGCCAUUCCAUUGCUGAAGGGGAGGAGGACCACCGUAGUUUUCUGAUUUCAAACAUAUGCAUGUGCCCUGGGAUAACUGGUGAAAAUUACAAUAAGUGCGUGAGAAACGGUUAUUCAUCUUUAGAAGAGUCAUUUGUUGCAUUCACACUCAGCUCCAUAUAUUAUGGUCUUUGUUAUAUGUGGAUUUUUCAAUUACGAUGGUUGCCUUGACAACAAUAAAUCAAUUGAUAUGUUUGA